AUGACAAAUACUUGUGCCGCUAAAAAGAGAAAACUCUCACCAUCGGUUGAAACUGGUGUUGUUGAAGCAGCAAAUUCAUCAUCAAUAAUGAUCAACGAUAGUGCUGCAAAAGAUGACUUCUGUCCGACAAGUUCUAGCAAUGGACCGUUUAUUGAUGAUAUUAUUUUAGAAAUUCUUCAAUUCCUCGAAUCGUUGUUUAUUGUUCAAAUUUGUAUGAAAAUUUCAAAACAAUGGAGACAAGUAUCCUUUCAAAUUCCGCUCUCAAUUUCAUUCCAACCAAAGCACUUCAAAUGUGAUUCUAAACCAAUCAAACUUUUUUUAGCUAAUUGUGAGUGUUUGAAGAAUUUGACUUGUUUGAAUUUGGGACAUAAUGAAAUUAGCAGUGAAGAUGUCAAACAUAUUUCUACAAGCGAAUGUUUAAAGAAUUUAACUUCUUUGGAUCUUAGUGACAAUCACAUAGACAGUGAAGGUGUGAAAUAUAUUGCUACGAGUGAAUGGUUGAAGAAUUUGACUUACUUGAAUCUGGUUGGCAAUGAAAUUGAUAAUGAAGGUGUUAAAUAUAUUGCUAUGAGCGAUUGUUUAAAGAAUUUGACGUCUUUGGAUCUGUAUGGCAAUGAAAUUGAUAAUGAAGGUGUUAAAUAUAUUUCUACAAGCGAAUGUUUAAAGAAUUUAACCUCCUUGGAUCUAAAUGACAAUCACAUUGGUAGUAAAGGCGUCAAACAUAUGGCUACGAGUGAAUGGAUGAAGAACUUGACUUCUUUGGAUCUGGGUUACAAUCACAUUGGUAGUGAAGGUGCGAAAUAUAUUGCUGAAAGUGAAUGUUUGAAGAAUUUGACGUCCUUGAAUCUAGUUGGCAAUGAAAUUGGUAGUAAAGGCGUCAAACAUAUUGCUACGAGUGAAUGGAUGAAGAAUUUGACUUCUUUGGAUCUGGUUGGUAAUGAAAUUGAUAAUGAAGGUGCUAAAUAUAUUGCUAUGAGUGAACGUUUACAGAAUUUAACUUCUUUGGAUCUAAGUGACAAUGAAAUUGGUAGUGAAGGUGCGAAAUAUAUUGCUGAAAGUGAAUGGUUGAAGAAUUUAACUUCUUUGAAUCUGAGAUACAACCACAUCGACAUUGAAGGUGCCAAAUAUAUUGCUACGAGUGAAUGGUUGAAGAAGGUGACUUCUUUGGAUCUGACUUGCAAUCAAAUUGAUAAUGAUGGCAAUUGA